AUGGCCGCCAAGGCGCUGCUGGCCACGUGGCGCACCGCGCACGAGGUGCCCAGCGCGGAGUUCGUGGUGCUGGACGACGGCAGCAGUCAGGACAUGACGGUGCUGGCCAGGGUCGCGGAGACCUUGCAGUCCCUGUUCGGCACCAGGAUACAGAAGUGGCGGGCGCCAGAGCCUAUGCAGUAUACAGUCGCGAACACGGUGGCCCUGAGGCUCGCGUCGGGCACCUACGCGUGCCUGAUGAACAGCGACGUGUUCCCGUUGCCAGGGUGGCUGGCGGCGGUCUACCACACCAUGAGGUCGUUCCCUGGAGCGGGUAUUGUCGGGCCGCUGCAGGUGAACCCGAGUGGUCGUGUCAUGGAGGCUGGGGGCACAGUCUUCAGGCAGGGCCACCCCUACAAUAUAGGGCGUCGCUCGUGGCCCUGGGAUCUACCCUACCUGCACUCGCACGUCGUGGACUACAUCAGCGCAGCCUGCAUAAUGUUCAAUCGGACGGAGUUCCUGGGACUCGGCCUCUUCGAUCCCCAGUUCGCGCCAGCAUACUUCGAGGAUACCGACGCAGGGCUGACUAUGCGCCGAUCGGGGAAGUUGGUAGUCUCAAUGCCCUUGGCAGUUGUAGUGCACUUAGAGGGUGCAUCAUACACCGACGCCAGUAAGCAGGAGCAGAUGCAGAAGAACCAGGAGAAGUUCGAGGUCAAGCACGCGAACGUGACAGAGUUGCACUGCCCGUCUCCGAGGGGCUGGGCCCAGACCUGCGGGGAGAUCAAGGAUGUGCAGAGGGCCACGUACUUCAACACGAUCCGGCGCCAGGGCACCCAGGUGCUCGUGCUUGACUUCACCCUGCCAGAGGCGGACCGGGACUCGGGGUCGGUUCGGAUGCUGGAGCUCCUGGAAAUCAUGGUCCGUGCGGGCUACGGGGUGACGCUGCAGCCGGAGUCCGGGCAGAGCUUCCUGAAGUACGUGCUGCCGCUCCUGGCCCUGGGGGUCCACGUCCUGCCCCCGGGGUCGCUGGGCCAGAUGUCGGGGCAGGGGGCUGGGGCCAGCCACGAGCUCUCCAUCUGCCCCUGGCAGGUCGCCAUCUUGUCCCGCCGGGCGGUCUUCAAGGCCGCGAUCGAGCCGCUGAGGAGGGUCUGCCCCACGGUCCCACUGAUCUACGACACCGUGGACCUGCACUUUGUCCGCGAGCGGCGGUCGGUGGAGCUGGCGCUGGCGACUGGGGACACGGCCCCGGUGUUCUUGGGCGAUACGUUCGUCGACGUGCACAAGACGUCGAAGGAGAAGGUCGAGCAGCUGCUCCAGUCUGGCGAGGAUCUGGAGGUAGGCUUCAUGCGGAUGUCCCAGUACGUCCUCGUGGUCGGCAGCGGGGAGGUGGACGUCGCCGCCAAUAAGGCCGGCAAGUCGAAGGUGCGGCUCCUGACCAACAUAUACCCGGACCCGGAUCCCAGUAUCACGGGCCUCCCUUUCGAGGAGAGGACAGGCGGGCUGUUUGUAGGCAGCAUGUGCCACACGCCGAACAUCGACGCAUCGAAAUUCAUCAUGCGGGAAAUCUUGGGCAAUCACUCGGUAUUCCCAAGAGGCUUCAUGCACAUGGUGUGGUCUGGCACCAGCAGGUGCGGGGCGCUGCUCGGCAACAUGCUCGAGGAGGCUAAAGCACACCCGCUGAUCACGCUGCACCUGGACGUCACCAACGAGGAGCUGUACAGUCUGCACAUGAGCACCAAGUUCUUCCUGGGGGCUCUUCGCGUUGGCGCAGGAGUAAAGGGGAAGCUGUGCCAUGCCCUCCUCUACGGCUUGCCCAUCAUUGCCAGCGAGGUUGCGUCGGAGGGCAUGUUCCUGCAGCCCGAUCUGAAUGUGCUGUCCGCUUCGUCUCCGGACAGCUUCGUCAGCAUGAUUGGGAGGGUGAGCUCGAACAAAACGCUGUGGCACGAGCUACGCCGGGAGGGCAUGCGAGUCAUCGAGAAGCGCUUCAGCCGCAGAGCUGCGCGCGACACUCUGACAGAGAUCUUCACCGCGCUCGGCAUCGUGCCGCGCGUCGCCGACACUGGCAGCAGCUUUCGGGCGCUGACGACUUGGGAGUGUCCACUGCCAGAGGAUCUUGGUGGGAAGAAAGGUCUUUUUCCCGGUCGCAUGGAGGCGGACUGCUGGUCAGGCAGAAACAACCCCUGGUUCAUAUUGCCUCCGCCCGAGCCUUAUAGGGAUGAGUUCCUGCGGGACCACAUACCGAGGCCGACGGCGAGGCCCAUGGUACCGCGUUCAUGCCCAACGGGGGGAACGCCUACGUCACAAAGACCUUUCAUAUAUCACCAUAUUGUCAAGACUGGCGGUCUUAGUAUCAGGCGAGUUGUAGCCGAGGGUGCGGCUUCGCACGGCCUGACCACCGCCAUACCUUGUGUGGGCACCACCAGCUGCCAGUGCAAUAUCAUGUACAACACUCCGCUGUCCCAGACGUCCACCUGCAUGGAGUCAGACCAGUUCAAGAGCGCAGCGGUGUACCUGGGGCACUACGCGCCACUGCCCUUGGCCCGGCUCAACCCCACCGAUAGCGUGGACAAGUUGUGCUUUGUCAUGGUCCGGAGGCCGAUCGACAGGGCCGUGGCGCACUACGCCAGGUUUGGGGUUGUGGACCAGUUCAACGGCCAGGACAUGGAUAAACUCACGCUUAGCGACCUGGACCUGGCGGUGCGCCGCACAGGCGGUGGGGAGUACAUGACCAGGUACCUGGGAUGCGUCGACGAGGAACAGUGCAGCGAGGCGUUGCCAUCCAUCACGCGCAGCGCAAAGGCGGAGCUCCGCAGGUGCCACGUGGGCCUCACGGACCAGUUCAAGACAACUCUGGCUUACUUGAAGAUACUGCUGCCCUGGCUCGAUCUGGAGUCGAUUGCCGAUAUCCACGCGCGCCCUGCGUCAUAUGUUGAUGGGAAAGAGCUGAUGCAGAGGAUGAGGGAGACAGAGAGGGGAGACGCGAUGCUGCGAUGGUACGCCCCGGACCAGAAUAUCUACGACUACGGCAGGGGGCUCUUUUUCAACCAGACCAGGCACGCGAUCAGAUGCUACGGGGAGAAGGCCGAAUCCGAUGAGACCAAGAGUUUGAGGCUGCUGCGAACCGUGUCCCGGAAGGUGCGGCGAAAAAGCGAGGAUCACAAGUGGAUGGUCGCGACCUGCGUCGAGAGGGCGGUCUGGUGCCGACAGGACGUCUUCCAAGACAUGUGCACGUGCUCCCUCGAGGAGAGCCAGUGA